AUGAAAGACAAGCUCAACUUAGAAAGCUCUUUCUUAGUACAACACAGGGCCGUUAAUUGAGUUGCUUCUUAAAAACUCAAUAAACGAAAUAUUUUCGCAUUAUAUUUAUCGUAGUCGGUGCUAGUCAUUACGAUAGAGGGAUUGUGACUUUUUUCUUGAAGCGAAAAAACGAACGUGUGAAUUUUUGACAAGCUGAAACACAGUUCAAUCAGCUCGGCUUUGGUGUUGGUUUAAUCUUACAAUAAAUCAAUUUAUUUUAUUCAUUUUUUGGGUUUCACGAAGCUUUGCCGUGACAAUACGCAAGACUGUAGGUUUACCUUAGUCUUUCAGUGCUUACUAGAAUAAGAAAAAGAGAUAACCAUGGUUCAGGAUCAAACUCUUACUCAAGAGAAAGAACAAGAGGUAGCUCAAACCACUCCCAUGACUGAAUUGACUCAUCAGUCUGGUAAAGUGAAUUCACCAAAGAAUGAUGCUAACGCCUCUAACAAUCAAAAAGAGUCCACAGGUGAUACUAACCCUGUUUCAACUUCUGGGCAAACUACACCAACUUUGAAAGACCAAAGUCCUCACGAUUCGUCCAUUAAUAUAUGGGCUGUUCGUCGUGAACAAAUGUCGCAAAAGGCCAGUGACUCUCAGGCCGAGCAAAAGCAGACGAAGCAAGCCCGACUUCAAGACCCAACUAUUUGGCCUAGUCCCAAAUUGGUUGAACAAAAGUUUUCUGAAGAGAAAAAACAGGAUCCCGAAGAGAAAAAGCCUUUGGCUCCCAAAACACAGGGCAAAGGAAAAUGGGUGGUAAUCACUCCAGAAAUAAGUCAUCCACCCAUUCAUUCUUCUUCCAAAAAACCCAGCCGUUCCAGAAAUGACGGAAAUCGUCGUUCCGGUAGUGCACGCCGUAAAAGCAAUGCUCAAAACUUCUCUCAUAAUCAAAACCAAAACCGUCGUCAAGAAAAUGUUCCACGGGAUGUUACUCAACCUUUGGAUGAGAUGAAUGGUCCCGGUGCUGCUCAGAAAACUAGCGAACAAUCUAAUGCUACAAACAGUCAUUCUCGCAAUCCUCGUCGUUUGGAUGAUACUCUUCAAGAGAGAGGCAAUAAUGAAACCUUUCAUAACAAUAAUGGAUUCCGUGGCAGAAGCUACCGUAAAGGAUAUCGCAGCAAGAAUCCCAACCAUCGUCCAAGCCGUUCCUAUCACCAGAAUAAAGUACAAAAUAUACCUGUCGUCACAAAUCCUGCUGGCACUGUCCAGUACGUUUACGAUGUAAAGGGAUUCCUUACUUCUCAAAUUGACUAUUAUAUGUCCAUAGAAAAUUUAUGCAAGGACAUGUUUUUGCGCAAACACAUGGAUGACGAAGGAUACGUUCCAGUAGCUUUUCUAGCGUCGUUCAAUAGAAUUAAAAGUCUGACCAGUGACAUCAAUCUACUUUUAGAAGCUUGUGAGGCAUCUUCUGUUGUCACGCUUAAUCCUUUAUUUGAGACGCCCAUCAAGGCUAAGGUACGUCGCUCAGUUACCUGGGAGCCUUGGAUUUUACCAAAAGAAUUACGUCUUUCCUUUGAGCUUCCUACUUCUCAAUCUAACUCCAAUCCUUCGUCUUUGGGAAACUCAAUAUCUGAUUUGUCUGCAGCUCAUCCUAUCGCGGAUCACAAUGACUUGUCUAAAAGCAUGAGAGAUGAUUUGAAGCUUUCAGACGCUAAUGUUUGAACAUUCUUUUUACAAAAGUUAUUUUUAAAAACAAAAAUAAAAGAAAUAAAAGUUGCUUGAGGUGAUAACUGUAACAACUGGUUUGCUGGAUUUAUCAAUAAUAAUUUUUUUGAAUAUUUGAUUUUUUUUUUCCGUUUGCCCAAAAUGAAAUCUUGAAUAUACGUGCGUUUUCGUUAGUUGAAGGAAAGACAGUUUGGGAUUUUUGGAUAGACCGGUCUUCCUUUGCUUUCUAUUAAAUACUUAAUCAUAUAGCAAAAACUACGGUCUGAAGGAUAUGCGAUAACUUGAAUGCAUUGUUAGCUAAGAAGUCGUCAGCUAAGCCUUCCUUUUGUGAGAUUGAAAUACAAAGUUUAUAUAACAUUACUUUAUUAACUACACCCGAUAAUGGGAAUUAAUGUCCUCCCCUACUCUUCAUCAGUUCCUUCUGAAUAUGUAAGGCAAAAUUCUUUGUACGUGCUGUUGAAUAUUUAAAAAAGGCACAGGCUGCUUAGAUAAUUAGAUACAAUAAAUAUAUAAAAAAACAAUCCUGAAAUCUACUGAAUUAUUUAAUCAUGGAUGUUC